CAACGUCGCGGCUCCUCCUGUUGAGCCCCUCCGCUUACAUUAUUCAUACGGGCGAGGGUGUGACUUGCUGGCUUUUUCCCCCCUGCCUGUAUAAAGCGACAAGUUUGCGCAAAAGGAAACACAGAUGGAGAAGGCCAGUCGGUUCGCUGUGUCACAGAGAGUCCCCUUAAGCCCCCGUGACAACUCCCACACCGUCCCUUUGUGACAAGCUUAAUCACUAUAAUGCCCGGUCUCAGUGCCCUUUGUCUUGCCGUCGCCCUGGCUGCGCUCGCCCGGUUCACCGGCUCCGUAGGACCGGUGGUGCGAUGUGAGCCUUGCGACGCCAGCGCGCUGCAGAAGUGCAAAUCGCUGCCGAAUGACUGCGCGGAGACCGUGAGGGAGCCCGGGUGCGGCUGCUGUAUAACGUGCGCCCUCGGCGAGGGACAGGCUUGUGGAGUGUACACUGCGCGCUGCGGCUCCGGCUUGACCUGCAAGCAUCAGCCCGGAGAGAUCCGUCCUUUGCAAGCUCUGUUGGAAGGACGAGGGGUAUGCACCAGCGCAACAAAAAAAAUCAACAACAAUCCUAAGCCGGCGCAAAAACAAGAAAAUGCAGGAAAUCAGGUGGCUGAUGGCACCAACAUGACUGAGGCCGUGACGGUUUUGCCUGCUGAGGCAACUGUGAACGACGGGAGCAACCCAGGGUCAAUGAACACGAGGCCCCCACUCCACAACAAACUGAUCCAAAAGGCAGAGAACAAGAAGACACAGAGCUACAAAGUGGAACCUGUGUUGGGAGGAGCCAAUAAAGACAUGCACAACUUUUCCCUGGAGAACAAGAGGGAGACUGAGUAUGGGCCAUGCCGACGAGAGAUAGAUAGCAUCAUGAACAGCCUGAAGAUCAACAACGUGCUCAACCCUAGAGGCUUCCGCUUACCUAACUGUGACAAAAAGGGCUUCUACAAGAAAAAACAGUGCCGUCCAUCCAAAGGAAGGAACCGGGGCUUCUGUUGGUGCGUGGACAAAUACGGGCAGCGUCUCCCAGGCUACGAUGACAAGCAGGGCAAGACAAAGUGCUAUCACCUGGAGAGUAAAUGAGAAAGAGAAUAGAUAAGACAGUAUGUGGAUGGAGAGGGAGAGAGGGAGAGAGGAAAACAGCAGAAACAAGUGAGGGAUUAAGAGACAAAAUGAAAGGAACAAGGGGAAAAGAAUGAGGGCCUGUUUUUACUGUUGAAUUUAGAAUGAUGUAAACAUUUGAAGAACUUUGGUCCUUUGAAAGGGGAGGGGAAGGGGUGAAGCACAGCCUCCUGAACUUUACAGCUGUCACAUAUUUAGGGGACCUUCAGUCUUUUAAUAAAAUAUACAAAAGACAGAAAAAACAAUUAAAAAAGAAAUUAAGGUGAAAAAGAACAGUAGGGAUGAAAAAGAAUCCUAUCAUCUGCACUAUUCUUAAAGAGGGAGUGGAAGGAGGGAAUUUCCCACUCACUUUAAAGAAGACUUGUUUAUGACUGAGACCACGCCCCCCUCCAAAAAAGUUGCACCAACACAAUCUAUCACGUGUGUUUGUUUCACAUGUGUUACUGCGAGGUUUGUUUGUCUUUUAAUCUGCGAGCACCUGCAUAACCUACGUUAUCACAGCUGUCUGUCUGCAAGAUGGUGUGAAAGCAUGCUGUCUCAAAACAGCUGCCCUUUCUUAGACCCCUUUCUAUCAAACUUUGCAGAAAAAGACAACAUCUUGCUCAGGAUUUAUUUUGUAUUGCAAGGUAUAUGGAACUGCAGAGUUGAUUUUAUUUGAGCGCACUCACCUCCUUUGUUUCUUGACUCUUUGCUGUUUGUCACACAUGUGCAAGGCUGGAGGCAAACUCUGCAGUUAGUGCCUUAACAUAUUUUAAUGCCUUUUGUUUUUCAUGCUCGUUAAUUAUGAUGCAAGCAACAUAUUGAAUUUAAAAAGUUAUCUUCCAUCAUCACAAGU